UUUGUCUCAAUUAUUUCAAAUACUGAGAUCAACGUACACUAAUCACAAAACAUCUCCAUGUCAUGACAACACUAGUCACACUCUGCAUCCAAGAAAUCACAAUACAACACAACAAAUUCAAUCCAGCACACAGUUUACAAAACAAUUAAUUGCUGGCAAAAAAACCACGUGUCAGCCAUUCACCAUUAACACAGUCAUGCAAAGCAGCCAAACCAAACACGCGCCAAAGCUCACAAUUCUAUAAACUCUUAUCUCUAAGCACUCUCUGCUCACACAACACGAGAAGAUGAACAUCUCAAAUGCUGCCACGUACCAUAUCUCUCUGUCCUUGUACAGAUUUACAUCCAUGCCACAUCAUUGUUGUUGAUAUAUAUUACUUACCAAUAUAAACCGAAGCACCAGUGUUUCUUUGUUCUCAAUCACAGCCGUUCAAUCAUGGCUGAUCAAUCAAGACAAGUGAGGCAAACCCUCUAUGGUGAUUCAGCACCAACUUCACGCAAUGCCGUCAAGGUCUUGACGGCAGCCACCAUAGGUGCUGGACUCUCAUUUCUGUCUGGAUUAACCUUAACCGGGACAGUGAUAGGCCUAAUCGUGGUAACUCCACUUCUGGUCCUGUGCAGUCCGGUUCUAGUCCCAGCGGCAAUUGCAUUAUUCCUAACCUUCGCUGGAUUCGUAUUUUCCGGUGGGUGUGGCGCGGUGGGGAUUUCAGUGUUAAUGUGGAUAUACCAGUAUGUGGCUGGAAAACACCCUCCCGGAGCGGACCAACUUGACCAGGGUAAAGAAAAGUUGGCAACCAAGGCUAGGGAAAUGAAGGAAAAGGCUAGGGGGUAUGGACAACAAGUGCAGCAGAAGGCACAGGAGACCACUCAAGGGUCUUGAACAUAGUCAGUCGUGACUGGUUUUUACCGGGUUUGC